GACCGGCCGUGACAGUUAUUUAAUAUUUUUCUGCUUCGUAUAGAACCUAGAGUUGAAUCCAACCCCCCUUCUUCGCUCUUCUUUCGUUCGUCUUCCUUCAGUCGUGUCUUGAGUGGAGGUGGACUAGGGUUUUGAAGGGUUGGAGAUAUUUUCUAGUCUGAAAGGGGGAACGGGGGAAGCUAAGAAUCUCGAUUUCUCCUCUAUUUCCCUUCAGUUAUAUUUAAUUUCAGUUUUUCUUCUUGUGAUUUAUCUACUUCGAUUGAUCAGUGCGUCAGUGUUUGCUGAAAAUUCGAGGAAUAAGCAGCGUUUGAUAUCUAUGAAGCAGUAUUAGAUGAUUGGGUGGUGAAGUUCUGUUGUAGUUACUGAUUUAAGAGGGACGUCCGGACGUGUGUUUGAUGGGAACAUCUUCUGGUGCCGACUUCCAGAACCAGUCUCCUUCAAAAAUGCUACCUCCACGUCGGCAACCACGAUCUGGAGGGUUGCAGGCAUCUCUAUCUUUAGUGUCAUCGGACGCCUGUGGGUCCCCUGAUCUUCAAGAACCCGGCUCAAAUUCAGAGCAUGUCCGGGAGUCCCCAUCAGAGAGUGCUAGUUCACGUGAAACCUGGCCUGCCAGCGAUGCUAUCAUGGGGAAAAAGCUGGAGAAGGAGAAAGAGGGAGAGAAUGAUUGCCCUGGGCAGUCAAUCAUUCGCCGGGUCUCUAGUUCAGACAAGAUGUCUCUCCGUGAUAUAGCUAGAGAAAGAGUUGAGAUUAUCUCUAAUCAAAUGCCUCUUUUGCCUGAUGAGCUUCUAGAAGAGCUUAAGACCGAGCUUCGUGGUAUCCUUGAGGGAAAUGGGGGUUCUCAGCACAGGGAGGAGUUUUUGUUUCUGCAAAAGCUUGUUCAGAGUAGGACUGAUUUGACAACGAAGACUUUGAUCAGAGCACAUCGAGUACAGCUGGAAAUUCUUGUUGCAAUAAACACGGGAAUUCAGGCAUUUCUGCAUCCAAAUAUCAGUCUUUCACAGACUUCUCUCAUUGAGGUUUUCGCGUACAAGAGAUGCAGAAACAUUGCAUGUCAAAGUCAGCUUCCUGCAGAUGAUUGCACCUGUGAAAUAUGCACCAAUAGAAAUGGUUUCUGCAAUCUUUGCAUGUGCGUUAUUUGCAACAAGUUUGAUUUCGAGGUGAACACAUGUCGUUGGGUUGGUUGUGAUUUCUGUUCUCAUUGGACUCACACAGAUUGUGCAAUUCGUGAUGGGGAAAUUGGUAUGGGCCCUUAUGUUAAAAGCGGUACAGGCCUUGCUGAGAUGCUUUUCAAGUGCCGAGCUUGCAAUAAGACAUCUGAGUUGUUGGGUUGGGUCAAAGAUGUGUUUCAACAUUGUGCGCUGGGCUGGGAUCGUGAAGCUUUGAUGAGGGAACUUGAUUAUGUUAGUAGGAUUUUCCGUGGAAGUGAGGAUCUCAAAGGAAGGAAGCUUUUCAGGAAGUGUGAGGAUCUCAUAGAGAAGAUGAAAGGUGGAGUUCCGGAGUCGACAGCCUCUAAAGUAUUGUUGCUGUUUUUUCAAGAGGAGUUGGAUGAUGCCAUUUGUACAAGACCAUAUUUGCUACUCCUUCCUCUUGGUUGGAAUUAUUAUCUUUAUCUCACAGAGCUUGAGGUGGACCCAACAAAGAAUCCUGAAUCUGAGGGUGGAUGUCUGGUAGCUCCACAAGAUGCGUGCAACCGAAUUGCGGAAGUGGUUCAGGAAGCCAUAGGAAAGAUGGAAAUUGUGGCAGAAGAGAAGUUUCGGAUGUUCAAAAAGGCCCGUCUGGCUCUUGAGGGAUGUGAUCGGGAACUUGAGGAUAAGGCUGGGGAAUUGGCGGGGCUAAAACUGGAGAGGCAGCAUAAGAAGCAGCAGAUUGAUGAGCUGGAGACUAUAGUGAGGCUGAAGCAGGCUGAGGCUGACAUGUUUCAGCUUAAGGCCAGUGAGGCAAGACGAGAGGCCGAGAGACUUAAAAGGAUUUCCCUUGCAAAGUCGGAGAAGGCCGAGGACUACGCCAGCAGGUAUCUGAAACAACGUUUGCAUGAGGCUGAGGCGGAAAAGCAAUAUCUGUUUGAGAAGAUAAAGCUUCAGGAGAGCUCUCGGGCAUCACAGAGUAAUGGUGGAAGUAGUGACCCUUCACAGAUGAUGAUGCUUUGCAAGUUCCAAGACCUGUUUAAGAAUGUGUACAACGUGCCAUCAAAGGCAGAAGGCCAGCCAAAUGACCACCACUCUCUUGGUGCAGUUCCUUGAGGAAGGGUAUUACUUUGUGUGAGUUUGACUUUGUAUUAUUAAUGUUAUAAUCUGCUUUUUGUGCACAGUGACAUGAAAUACUGCUUUUCUUUAUGGCCUGUGAACCCAUUUCAUUGACGUAUGUUACCCAGAACAAAAAUGGAAAUGCACUUCUUGUUCUGUUUGUAUGCC